AUGGUCCUAGCCGUCCUCGCACGCCUCACGGCCCCCCCUGCUCAAACCCUCCGCACCCUCCAACCCACGCCGUCAACCGUCUCCUUCACCGUCUCCACCCGGCCAACACCUGCGACCGUGGCCGCGAAGCUGCGCUACUAUGCCGGCCUGCUGAUCCGCAUCGUGGCCGGCGCUCUGGCCCUCACAACGCUAUGGGCAAAAUGGCGCAUAACCCACGGGCGAUCGACGGACAUUCUACUCUGGACGCUCGGCGGGCCACAGACUGCAGCGCUGCUGGAAGCCAUUGGAGGGCUGGGGUGGCAGUUUGUUGCGCCUGGAGCCAUGGUGGUCCUGUUCGUGGUGCUGAGACGCGGGUACACUGAGGAAUCUCUCACCCUCCUUCGUGGGCUCGGCGUCCAGACGAGUUCUUCGGCUGCUACGUUUUUGAAGGCGCCGAGUCGGCGCUUUAUACCUACCUCGGAUAUCCAGGACUUGUUUAUUCACGAGGCGUUUAGAGGCUUUGAGGUGAGGUUCUACCUGGCCAUUGUGGUCAAGGGGGAGGAGGACGUUGUCGUUGUGUUCCCGGGCUUGCUGCCGAGGAGGGCCAUACUGGAGGAGGUUUGGAGGGGCGCGAGGAAGUGCUUGUGGGAGAGCGAGGGGGCGAAGAGGACAGAGGGGAUGGAGAAUGAAUGA